CGAGCGGCUUCGCCGCCUCUCCCCGCCCCUCAGCGCCGCUGCCAGGCCGAGCGGCGGCGGCGGCGGCGGCGGCGGCGGCGGCGGGGUCACGGCGGCGGCCGGGUCAGAGGGUAAAGGUUGCUCCCCCAGCAUCCUCCGUGCUGGAUACUCAGCCAUCUUGGAUCCGCGGGACAAGAAAAUUCAUGCGGAAGUGUUCACCGGUCAAAAUUUGCUUACCUCAGCAGAGACAAAAAAUUAAUGGGCAAAAGUGCAGUCUGUAGGUGACAAACAGCAUGUUUGGUGCUUCAAGGAAGAAGUUUGUAGAGGGGGUUGAUGGUGACUACCAUGAUGAAAACAUGUACUACAGCCAAUCGUCGAUGUUCCCACAUCGGUCAGAAAAAGAUGCAACGUUGCAGAAGUGGAUCUUAGGAUGGGACUUCAAGAGAAGGAAGAUGCUGGCAUCACCAUCAACAUCAGGUCAGCUGUCUCAGUUUGGGGCAAGUUUAUACGGGCAACAAAGUGCACUAGGCCUUCCAAUGAGGGGAAUGAGCAACAAUACCCCUCAGUUAAAUCGCAGCUUAUCACAAGGCACUCAGUUACCGAGCCACGUAACGCCAACAACAGGGGUACCAACAAUGUCACUUCACACGCCUCCGUCUCCGAGCAGGGGGAUAUUGCCUAUGAAUCCUAGGAAUAUGAUGAACCACUCCCAGGUUGGUCAGGGCAUUGGAAUUCCCAGCAGGACAAACAGCAUGAGCAGUUCAGGGUUAGGCAGCCCCAACAGAAGCUCUCCAAGCAUAAUAUGUAUGCCAAAGCAGCAACCCUCUCGACAACCUUUUACUGUGAACAGUAUGUCUGGAUUUGGGAUGAACAGAAAUCAGGCGUUUGGAAUGAAUAACUCCUUAUCAAGUAACAUUUUUAAUGGAACAGAUGGAAGUGAAAAUGUGACAGGACUGGACCUCUCAGAUUUUCCAGCGCUAGCAGACAGAAACAGGAGGGAAGGAAGUGGCAAUCCAACUCCAUUAAUAAACCCUUUAGCUGGAAGGGCUCCCUAUGUUGGAAUGGUAACAAAACCAGCAAGUGAGCAGUCCCAGGACUUUUCAAUACACAAUGAAGAUUUUCCAGCAUUACCAGGCUCCAGCUACAAAGACCCAACAUCAAGUAAUGAUGAUAAUAAAUCUAAUUUGAGUACAUCAGGCAAAACAUCAUCCAGCACAGAUGGGCCCAAGUUUCCUGGAGAUAAAAGUUCAACUACGCAAAACAACAACCAGCAGAAAAAAGGGAUCCAGGUGUUACCUGACGGUCGGGUUACCAACAUUCCUCAAGGGAUGGUGACGGACCAGUUUGGAAUGAUUGGCUUGUUAACAUUCAUCAGGGCAGCAGAGACAGAUCCAGGAAUGGUACAUCUUGCAUUAGGAAGUGAUUUAACAACACUAGGUCUCAAUCUCAACUCUCCUGAAAAUCUUUAUCCCAAAUUUGCAUCACCCUGGGCAUCAUCACCUUGUCGACCUCAAGACAUAGACUUCCAUGUUCCAUCUGAAUACUUAACUAACAUUCACAUUAGGGAUAAGCUGGCUGCAAUAAAACUUGGCCGAUAUGGAGAAGAUCUCCUGUUUUAUCUCUAUUACAUGAAUGGAGGAGAUGUAUUACAGCUAUUAGCAGCAGUAGAGCUAUUUAACCGAGAUUGGAGAUACCACAAAGAAGAACGAGUAUGGAUCACCAGGGCACCCGGCAUGGAGCCAACAAUGAAAACCAAUACAUACGAGAGGGGAACAUAUUACUUCUUUGACUGUCUUAACUGGAGGAAAGUAGCUAAGAAAAUUGGACAGAAAGCUACCACAUCACGCUUUGGAAUUAAAAAUAGAUGUUUGAGAUGGGAGGAGGGUUUUUUUUUUUUGGUUUUUCAGAUAUUGUCUAUCCUUGAGCAUAAUGUAGGACUUGGGUGCUCUGUUGUUUGAACAUCCAAGUAUUUUGAAAUAGAUCAGUUCUUUUAGGGAGGAGGUAUAUUUUCAUGAUUCUUUUCUGUAUUCUAGGCCAAGAGGCAUUAAAAAAAAACACUAAAGAACAACGGUCUUCUCCCUUUUCCACUUGUGAUAAUUUUUCUUUCUGAUCAUGAAUAUUGUCUGUAAUGUUCACCCUUUACUUUCAUUUUAUGGAAUUGUUCUUCAUUUUAUCCACCCUUCCCCAAGGAUAAUUCAUUUUCAGUAUCUUAAUAUCUUCAAACUUUUAAAGCAAUCUUGUACAGUGUCUUUUCGUUGCUGGAUCAUGAUUUCUGUGAUUUCUUCACCCCACAAAAGCAAAUAUUUUUCUAAUGAAGAUAUGUGCCAAAACAUUUUUUGAGUGAUCAGGAGUAUUGUCAUUCACUAAUCAGACUAAAUUAUUCUUGAGGCCUUGAAAUCAUCAGAUGGGAUUCCUACAUGUUGGAACUAUGCAUUGUGGUUCUGCAUGUUUAGGUCUUUUUAAAAUUGAAAUCUUUUCACUUGGAGCCUAUCUUCUGCAUUGCUCUCUGAUAAAGCAUUUCAUUUCUGUAAUCAAGUUGCAUCUACAAGCUUUGAGAUGAUGAAAUAUUCCAUUGAAUUGUUUGUGUGUUGGUUGAUGUGUUUUAAAACAUCAGCUUUAAAUUGAAGGGGUUAGUCUUGAGUAUUCCCGUUUCAUUAAGUGCAUUAAAUUUCUUCCUACACAGUAUAUUGAAGUUUGCCAUCAUCUAGAGAUUAACUAGAUAGGAUGUUUUUGGUUUUUUUUUUUCACCCAAGAAAUUGUUAGCCUGUGCAACCCCUUGAGAAAUUUACUUUUUAGUUGUCUCAAAUGAUACGGAGAGCUCUUCAAUCCAUUUGCACGUGUGACUUAUUGCCUUUGCUACUUUUCCAGUGGUCAUAACAAAGCUAAGAUUUUCCAAUGGAAGGUUUUAAUAGCAAACCUUGCUUAUGUAACUUUUUGAGGGUAUGUGCAAGGUAAUUCCAUGACCUUUAAGCUCACCUCAAAGAAGAACACAAACAAAAGCAAAAUUUUAAUUUCUUUUUGAAUUAUUUAUUUGUUGUUUGGAAUACCUUAAGUAAAACUUAGGUUUCCCAAGGCACUGUUUAAAGCUAUUUUAUUUUUACUUGAGAUCUUCAGAGAGGAAGUCAUUACUUUUUGAAAGAAUAGAUUUCUUCUUUGGAGUCAACUUAAUAUGUUCUGUUUAUUAACGAACAAUAAGAGUCUCAUGUAGGUACCUACACAGAGGAUCAGAUUGGGUUUUUACCAUGUGUGGAAACAAAAAAAAUCUCUUUUAUUAGAGGGAAGUGGUGCCCAUUGUAUAAGGAUAGUAACCCCUUAAUGUUGCUUCUUUCUCUACCUGUAGCAAACCUACCAAGGUGCUACUUGAUGCUUAAGCACUACUUUUGAAGACGGUAUUUUCUGUAUUUGGAUUUGUAAGAGCUGUCCUGAAAUUCAGCAUCCAGUUCUUGAGUUGUUCAUUGGCCUUCUGCAUCUCUUCCUCUGCUAAAAAGUCAAGCUUGCUUCAUAUAGUAGGCGUUCAUGGAGGUAGUGGUGAAAGAGAUACACAAAACACUGCUGUUCUCUAAAUGAUUCUGCCCGAGAUCUAUACAGAUUCUCUUCUCUUUAUUUUCCACGCUGAAAAUAGUUUCCCUAACAUUAAAAAACAACUGAUAGCUAGUAAGGGGAGGGAUAUAAUUUUCUAGUCUUUUACCUGCUGCAGUAAGCUAACAGGAAACGUGAUUUCAUUCCAAUAUCCGUAUCAAUUCCAGUAUCUUUUCUUCUGUGCUUGCACAUUUCUUAAUACAAAAGUAGGAAAUGGAAUAUUAUUUUGUAUUUUCAAUUUUAGUUUGGUGCAAAGUGCACCAGGCGAGUUAAGUAUUGAUCGUAGGAAGCUAGAAGAGGAUUUGGGGAAAAAUUGGUAUGUUGUUACCUGGAAAAAGAAUCACCUAUUGGAAGUAAUUUUGUGAGACUUCUAUCUAUGAUAAGGAAAUAAGAACUUCUAUAAAUGUAUGUCAAGUGUGUUCUUGGCAUUCUAUGGUAAUGAUGAUACCUCUGAUAAUAAUUUCUCGAGUUGACAUUUCCUAAGAGGAGUAAUACAACAAGAGUGGCAAUAUUUGAUGACCUUUAAAGCGAAGGGAAAUAUGGCGAAGUAAUUUUUUCUAACAAACACAGGAGUAUUAAUGUUUCAGGAAAUUAAAAAUAUAAGAAGCUGGGAAAAAAGAGAAUUCUGAUAAAUUGCAGUUUUUUACUGUAACAGCUAUAUUAUUAGUGAGUACUGGGAAUAUCCGUUCCUUAGAAGGCCAUAAUAGUAACUGCUCUUUUAGUGGUUUAAUUAGUGCUCUUUUGAAGCAGUCAGACAAAAAUUAUUUCUGGUAAAUUACUCUCUCUUAUUUAUAUGUGCAAAUUAAAUUAUUUUUCAAGGUGCUUUAUCAAUUCAUCUGCUGUUUAAUGUAUAUGCUCAAAUAUAGGGCAACAGAUUUUAAUGUGCUUUGCAGAAGCUACACUGCAAUUAUUAGCUUAUGUAUUUAUCUACAAAUUAAUAACAUUUAAUUUUUAAGGUUAUACUGCAUUACAAUUGAUACAGUGAAAUGUAACUGUUUACUUUGGAUAAUAUUACUAAAUCUUACAGCUAAGUUUGUAAAAUGCAAAAAACAUAGUUUAGCAGGUUGUUAAAAACCAACCUAGAUACUGUCAAAACAAUAAAGUAGACUGCAUAACUUCUUUCAAGAAAACCAAUUUUUAUUAAAGAAUAGGCUCUAUUUUCUAUUCCUACUUCUAUUCGAUUUCCUAAAAGAAGGAAAUGCAGCAAAAUAGCGGAGUAUUGAGACAGUUCCUAAACUGUUAGGUUUUAAUUAAUUCCACGUUGAUACGUGGUUUUACUUGUGAAUGACAAUUAACUUCAAAUUCACCUUAAAUGCCAAACAAAACCCAGGAAAAUGCUGACUACAGAUAUGUCUCUG